AUGGCUGAUUUUCAAGAAACAAAAUUAAAAUAUCGUCGAGGAACUUGUUUAAGUUGCCAAAAAUGCAUGUAUUGUGAAAUUGAUUUGCAACAAGAAAAAUGUGAUUGCAACUUAUCUGAAGUGCCACAUAAAAAUAAUCGGACAGCAAAAAAGCUUAAUACAAAAAGUUUAACCCUUGUAAAUGAUGAUAACUAUGAAAUAGAAACAUGUGAUUUUACUACUCUAGCAAGUGAUGCUUCCGAAUCUGAAGAAAAACUUGAUUUGAAUUUUAAUGAAAAAGGAUAUUAUAAAAAAGAAUAUAAUUUUAAUAAUAAUGAGUCUUUAUCUAUAUCUACGGUUGAUGAGCUACUUUCUGAAAUUCAUAUAAAUAUUGAAACUUUAAUGGGGAAUAAACUAGUUGAUCCAAAUGACUAUCAUAUUGCAUUCAAAUCUGAAAAAGCAGCUGGAGUGAGUACCCAACUAGUUGAUAUUCAAGACUUUAAAAAAUUUCAAGCCAAUUAUCAAAAAUACAAAUCUAAAAACAUCAAUAUGGCUUUUUUUAUAACAUUUAUUAAAUCAAAUCUAAAGCGAAAAAUAGAUGAACUUGAGCCCGAUAAUAAUUCAGAUAAUGAUAUUGUUUCAGAUUCAAGAAACAAAAAUUCUAUUCCUAAAACUUCAAAUCUAUCAUCGCUUGAAUUAUCAAUUGCAAAAAAUGUUUUAGAAAUUCGCAAAGAAAACCAUUGUAUAAUUCAUAAUCAACCAUGCUUAAAUAAAAAUGGAGCUAAAGAAAAUCAUAUUGAAAUUACUUUCAUGAUGCUUUCAAUUUGGGCAUCUGAAAUUAAUAAAGCAAUGGCAUCACCAACAGAACCACCCACACAUCCUUUAUUCACAUAUAAACAUUUAACAAAAACAAAAACAUCUUCACGACUGCAAUCUA